GCCAUUUUGAUUUUGUGACACCUCCUUUUCUUCACAACUCUCAUCCACUUUUCUUCCUCUUCUUCCAGGUACCUUUCAGGGCUCCUUGCACAAUGGGUACCUUCAAGAAGGAAGCCAAUCGUAAAGAGCGGCAGGGGAAGGUUGGGGAUGGCAUGGGGAAUGUCCGGGUGAAGGGUGAAAACUUUUACAGAGAUGCGAAGAAGUUGAGGACCCUGAACAUGCUGAAGGAUGGCAAAGCCCAACGCAACGCUGAGGGAACCAUCACGAAGGCUGCUUCGUACCAGUCCCGCGACGCCCCCGUGGCUCGCAUUGAGCCCAACCGUAAAUGGUUUGGAAACACCAGAGUCAUCUCGCAGGAGGCGUUGACGUCCUUCCGUGAGGCGGUCGCCGAGCGUGCCUCGGAUCCGUACCAAGUGCUACUCAAGACCAACAAGCUUCCGAUGAGCCUGAUCAGAGAUGAUAAGGGCACUGUGAACGGACUGAAGCAGCACGAGGCCAAGAUGGCCAUCGAGACCUCCCCAUACAGUGACACUUUCGGACCCAAGGCUCAGCGAAAACGUGUGAAGCUGGGUGUUGCGUCGCUGGAGGAUCUGGCGGGCGAGACUGCCAGGAUGCAAAAUGCCUACAUCGAGAAGUCGGAUCAUGCCACGCAUGACGACGGCACUAUGCAGGUCAACGGUGACGAUGUUACCGAAUUCGAUGACAACAGUACCCUCCCUACCGCGAAGGAGUCUGUCUUCUUGAAGGGUCAGAGUAAGCGUAUCUGGAACGAGCUCUACAAGGUCAUCGACUCGUCUGAUGUCGUCAUCCAUCUGCUUGACGCGCGUGAUCCAGAAGGCACACGCUGCAGGAGUGUUGAGAAGUACAUUCGCGAGGAGGCUCCUCACAAGCACUUGAUCUUCAUCCUGAACAAGUGUGAUCUUGUCCCUACGGGUGUGGCGGCUGCUUGGGUGCGUCGUCUCUCGAAGGAUUACCCCACCUUGGCUUUCCAUGCCUCGAUCAACAACUCGUUCGGUAAAGGUUCUCUGAUCCAGCUGCUGAGACAGUUCUCGGCUCUGCACACGGACCGCAAGCAGAUUUCCGUGGGUUUCAUUGGAUACCCCAACACCGGAAAGUCCUCUGUCAUCAACACACUGCGCAAGAAGAAGGUGUGUACUGUGGCACCUAUCCCGGGUGAGACCAAGGUGUGGCAGUACGUUACCUUGAUGAAGAGAAUCUACCUCAUCGAUUGUCCCGGUGUGGUUCCCCCCAACCCGAACGACAGCCCCCAGGACAUUCUUCUGCGCGGUGUGGUCCGUGUGGAGAACGUCGAGAACCCCGAGCAGUACAUUCCGGCUGUCCUCAGCCGGGUUCAGCCCAGGCAUCUUGAGCGCACCUACGGCAUCAAGGUUGGUGCAGAAGACCCCAUUGAGUUCCUCAGCAUCCUCGCCCGCAAGGGUGGUCGUCUGCUCCGCGGAGGAGAGCCUGACCUGGACGGUGUCGCCAAGAUGGUGAUCAAUGAUUUCCUCCGCGGAAAGAUCCCGUGGUACACUCCUCCCCCCAAGACCGCUGGUGAGGGUGAGGAGGGUGAGGGAGAGGCCAAGAUCGAAGGUCGUACGGGCCGCCUCGGAGAGAUGCCUCGCAAGCGGAAGCUUGAGGAAACGACUUCGGAGGCCGCCGCUGAUGCUGAAGAGGCCUCUGACAAGCAGAAGUCCGAGAACGAGGAGUUCGAGGGCUUCGGCAGUGAUGAGGAUGACGAUGAUUCGAUCGCGAAUCUCGAGGUCAGCGACGAGGAGAGUGGGGAGGAGAACGAUUAAGCGGUAGACCUGCCGGGACUCAUUUCAACAACUCACGGAUUGAUGAUCCGACCGUCACCAACCCCCUCGGAUGCCACCGCUCCACCGGUGGAGCAUCUCCGACGGUCAUGCCAUGCCCUACCAUCGGGCCGCUGACAGACAGCUGCAUGGCCCACCAGCGUCCUUGGAUGCAGGUCGAUCGGAGGUCGAGACCGCCACCGCGCGGUUCCGGUUUGCCGUGGUUUCACACGGCCUUUGCUGGCAUGCCACCUGGACUCCUGCCAGUGCAUGUAAUCCAGCCAGAGCGUGGGAGUCAAGUGAGCUCAUCAUGCCUUGCCCCACUGCUCGUCACUAAGAUACCCACCUAGUGUUGAGAAGAAUUGAAAUAUGAUAGAGUUUUUUGAGUAAACCUGAGGAUAUGACGAU